CCCAUUUCUCUGAGCACAACAGCUGGUGAACAACAGAAGACCGAAUUGAGAAAUAGCUUGGAAACUUGAAACUAAAACUGAAGUGAUAUUCAGGGGCAAUAAAAACUUAAUCGCCUUUGCUGAAGUGCCAAAAACGACCGUGCGUAAUUACGCAUAGAACAACAAUGAGCUCCACAACAGCAAUGGAAGUGAACAUCGAAGCCAGGCGGAUAUUGGCCGUGUCGAUAAGUAAGCUGUACGCCUCUCGGACUCAGAGAGGCGGACUGAGACUUCACCGGAGCCUCCUGCUGUCCUUGGUCAUGAAGUCUGCCCGGGACAUCUACCACUCCUCCCGGGAGAGCGAGGCGCUGAGCGGAGCGCAGUCAACUCCGGAGGAGCCGAUGGACACCAGCUCCACUCCGGAGCUGCCAGAGCGUCAGCCGGCGCCCAUGUCGGAAAAAAACUCCUCAGAGACUGCCGUAGAGGAGUCGGACAAUAAGGUGGAAGAUUAUGAUUUAGACACCACCGAGGACAAAGAGAACCUCAGCCCGGCGAGGCAAUCCAGGAAACGCCGGGGCAAGGCGUCGGCGGCGCCUGACUUCCUUCCCAACAAGAGGGCGAGGCUGGAGCCCGGGGAGGAGAGGUAUGAGGCUCCAUUGACCAGCUGUCGCGUCGGGGCUGGGGAGUCCCUGGCCAUUUUGUCUCUAAAUCAAAUUAUACCUGCUUUCUGAACAGAGAAGGGGACAAAAUAGCCCCUUGUUGGACUGUUUUAAGUGGAGUGAUUUUCAACUCCGUAUCCACUUAAGCACCAAGGAGCUGACCUACAUCAGCAUUCCCGGGACAAAGGGAUUACAGGUGCCAUGGAACAAGCUCUCGGCCGAACUCAGCGUGCCUUCUGGUGGCAGGUAAAGCACCAAGAAGAAGUGCAAAAAGACGGAGGAAGGGGCCAGAUGGCUGGAAAGUUUGUAGAAGAAACUGAAGGGGGAAGUGGUUGUGUUGCCUCUUGUUUCCCUAUGACUCAUCUUCAGUUCAAUGACUCCAAACAAGUGACAACUGCUGAGUCAGAACGUGUGUUUGUGAAUCAGCAGUGUUCAUCAGAGAGCAGAGGUGGUAAACAGUUGACCACAGGUGAACACAUGCAGAAACGCAAAGAUGAAACAUGAAUUUCAGGGAAUUUCCUGUCUUCAUGACAGAAAGUCCACCACUGAAAGAGGAAGGACUACUGAGGCAGACACAUUCCCUCACACAUUCAGCUGCCCUUGUGGACAUUGUCAAAUCAAUACUACUGCUGCCGGACUGUCCUACUUACUGCAUUCAUAUGGUGCUUUGAUAAACAGGCUUGUGCACAUGGGACUUUAGAAGCCUGUCAUUUGAACAUUCAGUGUUUUUACUGUGAUUUAUCUUGUUACUUUUGACAUGUGACAUAUCAUGACCUCACAUGUCAAGCUGCUGAAUAAUUAUUUGUGUGAUAAAAUCAGCGUUGUCAAUUUUGAAAUAAACUUGUUGAAAGAGUAA